AUGGAAAAAGAUUCCUACAGCAAAAGACACGUCAAAAAAAUUGAUAAUGCAAGAUAUACACACAUGAUAAACAAUGGAAACAUAAAAAACGAAAUGGAACAGUUUUGUAAAUUUUUUCAAUAUGACAAUAAUAACAACUCUUUUUUGUGUAAUGACUAUUGUGAAUAUAUGAACAACUUUUUUGCGAAUGAAGCUCAAAUGUAUUUUGGUGCAAAAUUUCACUUUGACUCAUUCGAUAAGUUUACAAAUUUACCUGUACUUACCCCAAUUUGCAAAUUAUCCAAUUUUAAAAAAAUUAAAAGGGAAUAUUUUGCCAAAGGAGAGAAAAACCGAUAUGGCAAAAAUGCUCUUUUUAAAAAAAUUAUAAAAAAUCAUCUACACUUCGUUGAGAAGUACACACGCAAGUUGGGGACUUCACCCAGAGAGGAGUUCGCUAAGUUUCGCAAAAGAGAUAGAAGAGGCGAAAAUGGCUUUCCCAUUAAGUCUAAAAGUGUUCUCCGCAAAUACUUCAACAUUGGAGGGGAGAAUUCCAGGACAGGAAAAAAUUCCCAAAACAGGGGAAAUGUUGUUAAACCCAACCACAAUGAUGGUCCCCAAAAAAAAAAAAUUCUGCACCGGGAUCCCCAAAUGUCAAGAGACGAAAAGGGGAAAUUCUUAAAAAGGAUAAACUUACAUUUCAGUAAUUGUGAGAGCAGUGACAUAGACUUUUUUUUCUCCCCAGAUGAUGCGAAAGGGGUUAACGGACUUUUCCUUUUGCGAAAAAGACAAACUGAUCAGUUGGAAGAAGACCGAGAUGACAAGUCAACAAAAUCGGAAGGUGUUUACAGGAAUGCACAGUUUGUUCCACAAGACCAAAGGGUUCAAAUUGUGUCAUAUGACGAUAUGGAGUUUUACAAACUAAUGAGAAAAAGGCUGAGGGAUAAGUACAAAAAUGAAGCGGGCUUCUCAACAACCAGCCGGGGAAAAACGAAUGAUAAACAGGAAGGAGAACAAAUUGAACCCAAAGUGUACACACUUCUUUCCCCUAAAAAGGUACAGACACACCUCGAAAGAAAUAACGUCGCACAAAAUGGCAACGGCCAACUCUUUGUCAAUUUGGGUAGGGUCAAAUAUAAGUGCCUCAAUAAAUACCACUCACUUUGGGAUCACCAAAAUGGAUUUUAUCACGGCCUCGGAGAGAACAACACGAUAGGGAUGGCGAAACCGCAUUAUGCUGGCACAGCAGGGGGGACUACGAAAUGGUGUUGCUGCAGCGAUAGCGAUGUGAGUUUUAGCAAUUUGCAAAAAAUUUGUGGACGGUAUUUUUCCGAAGGGGGAACCCCAAAUGGUAUGAACUCAUCCCAAAUGGGUUAUUCUAAUGGUAAUGAUCCCCUUUAUGGAAAAGUAACAAACGGGCACGGGGAUGGGAACGAAAAUGGGCACGAGAAUGGGAACAAGUUUUACAUAACAAGCAGCACCACGUGCACGAGCGCAUCCAAGUCCGAGGCUAACCCCAUUGAUGAUAUUUCUAAUGACGAGCGUAAAGACGGUUCCGUCUCAUCGGAGCAAUGCAUAAAAAUGUACGAGGAAGGAAAUAUGGAGAAGAGAAAUAAUGACCACACGAAUGAGCAGGCGAAUGUCCAGGUGAAUGACCAGGCGAAUGACCGUACAAAUGACAUCCACGAUGUGGGCACCCACUUCUUUGUGAACAACCUGGUACAACCUCCACCCAUGGGAGAAUCCGGACAAGGGGACAUACGUUGGCAAUCCAAGUUGAGUGAAAAGGUUCCAAAGAUCCAUUUUAAGCAUGCACAGGUAGAGGAAGACAAAUUGAAUAUUUACCAUAACGAACGGUUAUGCAGCGUGUCCUGGGAUUACCAACGUGGACGUAGUAGCAACUUAGGUGAUAGGAGGGUGGUUUCCCCCCAUGGCAGUUUUUUAUCACCCUGUGGUGUGCGUGUACACCAUCCGGAACGAAGUUAUGUAAGUGUAACUCAUUCGCAAUGUAAUUGCGACCCGUUUGAAUCGCUUCUUAAGAAGUCACUAAAUGAAGAAGAAAACAAAAUGGAGAAUAAUCCCCAUGAGGGAAGAGGCACACUGGGGGAAGAAAUACCAAGUGACGGAUUCGAUCAGGAAAAACUUUCAUGCAAAAAUGGAAAAAUAAGAAGAGGAACAAAUCCCAUCAUUUUGGAAACUCCUCAGUUGGAGAACAAACAAAAAUUUGCACUUAAACCGAAAGUCUACUGGAGCAAAAGGAGGCCCUUUUGGGAAGAAAAAAAUCUCAAGGGAGGAAUAACAAAAAAAAAGAAAAAAGAAAUGAGUAACGGGAUAAACACAAAUUAUCACCAUUGUGGAAAGGGCUCACUAAAGAAUGUGAAAGACGAUUAUGCCCAUUCCGAGAAAAACGUUUUAGCCUUCAACAGGGGGGAGAUCCAUACCGGUUGUGGAUUUACAGAGGGUGAAAAACAACCACUUAGGAGCUUUUCCUUUACUAGUGACUCGACAUGUACAUUGAGGAGUACCCCUAUGCACAAAAGGACGCUCACAAAUGAGCUGUUUUCCCCUCGGGAAAGACGCAUAAUACGCAGUAGUGGAAAUAUACAGAAGAGAAGUUACACUACUUCCUGCAUAAACGAAACACACAUAUUAACAAGUAGAAAAAAUUUAUCUGCAAACAUUGUGUCCUUAGUUGAUGCAAAUAAAUAUGACAGCAUGAGGAGUAUAAGUGGACAAUCCUGUAUGGCUUCGAGUAGGGAGUCCUCCACUAGGUUGUCUUCUAACCGCACUCGUGUUGGCAGGCCAAGACGAGGGGAACGAGACACAAGGGGACUGCGGACGAGCCACUCAUAUGAUGGGAGCCCUCUUAAUGUGGAUCUUCUACCCCCCACCAUUGUGGAGAACGACUCACACAUGGAAAAUGGAUCAAACGAAAUAUGCAGUAACAGAAGUGAGAACAAAACAAAGCUGAAAAGUAUUUACACGAAAAGGGUAGUGGACAAAAAGGAGGAGCCAUUUAUACACACGAAAGGAACAACUACUUGGGGGAAACAACAUGGGAUGGUACCAUCAGUGAAUGAUAACUCUUUAUAUGAUAAUCUACUAACCAGGGGGGGAAGCAGAAACGGAGUUGCCAUUUCGGUUGGAGUUUUAAAUGAGAAAUCUCAAUUGGGAACGUCUCUUAAGGAUGACUCCACUCCGAGUGAUCACAAAGAACGUUGCUGCUAUGCUGAUGGUAGAUUAGACUACUCACGCAAGGCGAAGGACCACCCCAGCUCGAGAAAGCGCUGCACCCGUGUAGCCGAUUUGGAGCAAGUAAAUAAAAAGACACUGUGUGUGGAAGGAGGAACUGGGGGGCAGCAAAGUGGGGAGCAGCAAAAUGGGGGGCAGAAAAGUGGGGGGCAGCAAAGUGGGGGAAGUUACGACCAAGUGGAGGGAUUAAAAUUGGGAAAAAAUAACCAGAGUGGUACUAGUCCUAAAAAAAUCGAAUCGAUGAACAAAAGUGAUUAUUACCAUUUAGGGAGAGACCUUGACAUGGAUAAUUUAACAAGUAGGACAAAUUUUCCUGUCGAUUUUUUCAACAUGAAUGAGAGAAGAGACACCAAGGAUGUAAUUGCUGCUACUGGAAGAAAGAAUCCACCUCCUACCUCCCUGCACAUUCAAAAAUUUGAAUAUUCUUUCCCAAAUGAGAACAACUGUGAAGCAGUCCCGACGCAGGAUGAUGGUCACUGUAAUGACGAACUGCCCAACAGCUUGAACAAUCCACCUCCUGAAGGUGUAAAGAAUAGUACGAGAGAAUCCUUCCCGAAAAAAUCCUCCCAAAAUAGCUAUCUGAUCGAGUGGUACCCAGGGUUUGAUAUCCCUAUAGGAACCUAUGGGAGGGCCAUAUUGCGAAAAGCAUUACACCAAAAAAGAAUGACAGAUGUGAAAAUGUGUGACGAACUUUUAUCAUCUAAUGGGUUGUUCCCUACUUCUAGAUCGACUUUUGGAGACAUGAAAAUAAGGGACCUUUACAGAGCUGCCCACAUUUUAGGAGUAUGGAAUGUGGCGGAAAAAUAUUGUCUUCUGGCAUGUGAACGGAAUGGGUAUAAAAGGGAAUGGAUUGCUAUGCUGAAAAGGAGCGGAGUUAAGAUUACCAUCAAGGCACUCAAAGAAUUGAGGAGCAGAGGUGUGCAACCGGGGGGACCCAUGUUAGAGGCACCUUCCGGCAUCCGAAAAAAAGUUUCUCAUAGCCCAAAUUGCUCACAUGAUGAUAAAGCAGGCACUACACCAAGGGACUGUCUCCACAACCCGAAAUGUAAGAGGGGAAAUCAAACAUCCUACCACAUAGAUGAACAGCAGACCCACCUCUCCACAGUAGAACCCAAAAAGGUAGACACUAAAAGAAUCCCCAACCAGCUAAAUUGCACACUUCCAAGGAACACACUUCCAAGGAACACACUUCCAAGGAACACUCGUCCUAGUGAACACAUGGGCGCAUCUAAUGAAGCACACCUCCGAAUGUUAAAGAAAAAUCAGGUUGGAAUUACGAAUGAUGGAAAUUACCAAAAUGGUAGUGGUAGGGUCGGAAAAACAGACUUAGACUUCGCAGAUACGCAUAAGGGUAAGUUCCCUUCACCCCCCCACAUAAGUAACACCAAUGUUUUAGGUUAUACAACUACUUCCAAUCACAUGAGCGUGGCUAGUACGAGUAACUCACUAAGUACAAUUCAGUUUGGAUACUCAACACAAAAAAGAUUUUCCAACAUGGUAGUAGGACCUAUAGGUAGAACCCUGUCGGAUGAUCCUGAAAUUUCAAAUGAGAUGAUUGUGGAGAAUUCCAACCGGCUCCAAAACACGUGCCACUUUUUUGAUACAAAUUUUCUGCAUGCAAGGAGAAAACUUAUUCAUGAAAACUGGAACUGUAGUGGCACGGCAUCACUGGGAGAUACUGACCACACUGCAGGAAUAACAGUUAGGGGAGACAAUAAACUUCAUUCUGGGAACAUUACAGUAAUGGGAGACCUCUCUACGUACGAAGGUAUGCGGAAGGAGCAUGCUUUAGAAAUGGGAAUGCUCAGUGAUCUGUUCCACAUGGGGGGCACCUCCGAUUCGUUUCAGUUUUGGAGCAACUCAAAAAAUGGCAGUCGCUUCGUUGACGAGUAUAUGUAG